GUCAUACAUGGAGGUAUCGAUGGGUUUUCCAGACUUAUAGUGUAUUUAAGUUGUGCUACAAAUAACUAUGCCUCGACUGUGCUUUCCCUCUUCUUAGCAGCUGUGCAGAGAUAUGGAUGGCCCUCUAGAGUACGUUCAGACAAAGGGGGUGAAAAUCUAGACGUAGCAAGAGCUAUGCUAAGGCACAGAGGGUUGAACAGGGGAAGCAUGAUUGCUGGACUCUCUGUACACAAUCAAAGGAUUGAGCGACUGUGGAGAGAUGUCUUUAUAGGAGUUGGUCACUUCUUCUACACUCUGUUUUACCAAAUGGAAGAAAAUGGUAUCCUGGAAUCAACAAGUGUCAUAGAUCUGUUCUGUUUACAUUACAUAUUUCUUCCAAGAAUAAACCACCAGUUAAAUCUCCUAGUUGAAGCAUGGAAUAAUCAUCCUGUACGCACAGAAGGUCAUUGGACUCCUUGCCAAAUCUGGGUAAAUGGUGUUAUUUCACUAGAAAAUUCUGGGAGUACUGCAGUCAGGGACAUAUUUGAUGACAACAGCCAACGAGAUGAGUUAUAUGGUGAAGAUCCAACAGGACCUGCACCAAAUGAGUUUGACCUGGGUAGUGUUGAUGUACCAGAUACAAACAUUCCAUUAACUGACACAGAACUUGGAGCUAUUUCUCAUAUUCAACCUCUGUCAGUGAGUGAUAACUAUGGGGUGGAUCUCUACUUGGAAACUCGGCAACUUAUUUUGGCACUUAUGCAAGCACACCAGAAUUAA